AUGGACACCACAGAAACUGAAGCUAGUCAAGUCAUCGUCUUGCUGAAUCAAUGCCUUAAGCAGCGUGAAGUUGCUGAACAGCUGAAUUUAAGUCAGUCUGCUGUCUCCAGAGUCUACCAAAAGUUCACAUGGACUGGAAGGCUUGCGCAGAAACCUGGAUCUGGCCGUCCCAGAUGCACAUCGAGGAGAGAGGACCACUUCAUUGUUGCGGCCGGUCUGCGUGAUCGACACCGUACCGGCGUUGACAUCCAGCAGCAGCUGGUGCAGGACCGAGAAGAACCAGUGAGCUCUUGGACAGUUCAACGAAGACUUAAGGAAGCCGAAACUGACAGGGAGGCACCGGGACGCUCGCGUGGAUUUCGUUUCGACUUAUGA